AUGGUUGAAUUAAGCAAUGAAGAAGCCAUAAGGUUUUUAAAGCAAGCAUUAAAUGAAGGUGAAAAAAGCUUAAAAGUUGAAACUAAAGAAAUGCCAAUAUUUUGUUUAUUGAUAAAUGAAGAAAAACAAAUAAUAUCAAGUUCUUAUAAUUGCACAAAUGAAGCAAAAAAUGGAUGUAGACAUUGUGAAAUAAUAGCUAUCGAUAAAUAUAUUUAUGGGGAAAAUUAUGAAAAAAUGAAAAAUAAAAAUUUAAUCAAAUGUUUUAAUAAUAAUAAUAAUAGUAUAAAUAAAUCUUUAUCCAAUUAUUUUGCUAACCUUGAAAAUUCUGAUAAAGAAUUUUGGGAUAGUAAGGAAAAUACAAACUGUACUAAAGACGACUCUAUAAAUUUUGAAGAAAUACAAAAAGAAAUAACAGAAAAAAUUCAAAAAUUAAAAAAGUUUACUAUCGUUGUUACAUGUGAGCCAUGUAUAAUGUGUGUAUACGCCUUGAAGUUAGUUGGAAUACAGCACAUUUAUUUUUGUUGCUUAAAUGAGCGAUUUGGAGGAUGUGGAUCUGUACUUUCGUUACAUGAAUUAUAUGAGAAUAUGAACAUACAUUAUAUAGAAUGUAAUGAUUGCACAAAUAGAAGUAUUAAUCUUAUGAAGUUAUUUUACAAAGCUGGAAAUCCAUCAGCUCCUGAUGAAAAAAGAAAAAGGCCUUUGGCUGAGGUUUCCCUUGAAUAG